GGGUGAACGGAGUUGCCGGGGGCAGCGACAGGCAUUGCAUGUCUUGCCAAUUGACUGCUAUGGUAUGAACGAGUAGACGAGCUAGACAACCUGAUAAAACUUGACCAGCAAAGCGGAGCCGGGAGAAUCUCGCGAUGCUUCGGGCCGACCAAUGAAGGACGAGGGUGGCGAGGCGGCAUCUCGAGAUCUGGAGUGGCCAGACCAAGCUCCGGCGCCGCAGAUCUGAGUCACUGUCAAAGGGCUGAAGCUAGCCAAUACGUUGAAGGUUGCUGACAGGCCCCAGGCGUUUGAAGAAGUCGUCUUCUUUACGUGGGUGGUGCUUUGUUCGAUUGGUCGCCUGCAGACAUGGAGAUCAGGAUUCGAAUAGCAUGGCAACCGGAAGGCAUGAAGUCGAGUUCCAAUGAGAUCUGGUUACUUCAUCCAAUUUUCGGGGUCAAUUCAUAUUGAAAAUUACCUAAGUCGCUCUUUGAUAAAGUCAUUUUGACGAUGGAAUAAGACUCCGUCAAAGUGGGGUCAGAUACGCGAUACGAGCGAUACGGGAUACGAAGACUGACUUGAUCAUCGUGUCUAUUUAAGAAAAAAGCAGUGCCUGGUCUUUGAUAUUGAAUCUUCAACUUGUCAAUAUCGAAACUGAGGAAAACUCCAUCUCUCCAAAUUUCAUCUCAAUUCCUUGUCUUUUACCAGAGCCAGACGACCCAAACGUUGGCAUACAUCAUGGUCACAGUUGCUCCCUUUCGACCGCGUAUAUCCACCUUGCGCUCACUUCAAAGACUUUCGGCCAUUCGAUACAACAAUAUUUCCUCACAUUCACCAUUCGAUCCAAGAUGGAUGACACGAGAGAGCAGGAAAAGAAAGGCUCAGCGAAAUGAGACUGCAGAGCCCAACCCCUCCUACCCAGCUUUCAGUCUCAACUAUCUGGGCCUUAGCAAACGGACCAGAAUACUCUUAAUGGUAGUUCUGAAUAUCUUUGGUACUAUCGAGACUUGGGUUUGGUGCAAAGCCAUCUGGCAAUGGAGAAAAAGUCGUCAAGAAGCAAAACAGUGACUUUCUGCUGGUCAUGCAUCGCAGAUAUACACCAUUGGUUUCUUCAUUGACCCAGUCACGGGCAUAUGUUUAUAACUUGAUGGGAUACCAUUCUACCACUGGCAGCAACCUCCGAGAAUGAAUAGCCCGUUGCCUGGAGGAAAUGCUUACAAACGCGCAAUCGUUGUCAUAGAUACUACGAAAGUGCUGAGGCGCAUUCCUUUGGCUGAGUGAUAUACUUUCGGGAUCGACCGUCAAGAUUGCCAUGAUACCGAUUAUCCGGACAUAAGCCGGCUGUCAUUACGUAGACAUCGGAUCUAUCGGCAAUUUUAUCCGACAAUCUGGCGUGGCUCUACUCCAUACCUAUCGUCAUCAAGCAACUUUGGCGUGAGGCAUGCGGGGUGAAAGCAUGUUUUCAUAGUGCUCAACAGCAGCUUGGAAGAGUCAACGACUUGCUCUGGCUGCCGUGCCUUUUUGAGAUUGGCCACAGGGAUCAAGCCGAGAUCUCGAGGGCGUUGCAUUGGCGAAUCUCGGCUGGCUUAAUCAAAUGAUCCUUUGCCUGGAGCAAGGUUCUCGGGAAGUGGUGCUGUAGCCGAGCUGAGGUUGCAGCGGGGAUUCAUUGCGAGUUAGUAGAGAGUUUGGAGCAACGCGUGCGAAAGCUCAGACGGAAUGAAUAUGCCGGUUAUGAAGGUUUGUAUCCUCUUCAUCCUCAGAUGGCGAAAUUGGAAGAUAAGAAGCGCGUAACAGGACAAAUAAAUGGCUGCUCAAAUCGUAAUAUUGCCAGUACCGCGAGGAAAGUUAUAAAAAUAGAAAUUUGUCUUCUAUAGGGUAUGUCAAUGUCUCUUUAUUUUUCACAAUGGCCAUCGCGAAGUAUCAUGAUAAUGGUACUUUCCGGGUGCGGGCCACGCGUAAUUUAGACGCGCGUAUUUCCGAGUGAAUCUAUACGACAACAAUAAGCUAGGUCUCAUCUUUUACGGCAUAAAAGCACCAUAUCUAAAAUUAACCGCCAAAAAUGAGACAUUAAUUCGACGAACUUUAAUUUCAGGUUGUUGUCUGGCAUUCAGGUAUCGCGUUGGCCACUGUUUGUAUUUGAUCUGCUGCUUAGCUCUCCUGGGUGAGAUUGAUAAGUCCCACGACCUUCUUAAACAUUCUAGACAGUGUCUCAAGAAACGCAAGUUUGUGAAUGACUCGCCCAGAGAUUUCUUGUUCAAGGAGAAGACGGAACCUUAUAAACUGGAAAUGAGGGUCGAGUCUAGACUUGGUUGAUCCAUGCUACCUAUUUCCCC